GCAACAAAGGAAGAAAGGAAGAGGCCGUGCCGUGGGCUCCAAAGUGUUAGCCGACCCAGGGAAGGAGCGAUGACACCUCGUUUCUGUCAUUCUAGUCGCCAAUGUAAACCCGCACGUUUAGAGAGGUGUUGAAUACGACCAGACAAACGCUUUGUGCUUACGUGUGGACGCAGAGGCAGAUAGAGGGAAUGUAACGAGAAUGUUUUCGGUAGCGAACGCUAUCAAAGCUAGCCGAGUGGCUUAGGUAGUAAGCUAACAUUAGCUGAAGAAGCUAACCUUUCAUGUACGUGCUACAUAACACAGAUGUCAUCUUCCCUGGGUCAUUUUGCUUAGCUGGACAAUCAGCAUCAAAUGAAAGGUGGUGGAAGUGGAACUUGACCCAUCCAACUGAGUCACCAUUUUCCUGCACACAAUGGGUGUCAUGGUUCCACUCUAUGCAUGGCUUGUUUUGUGCGGCCUGAUGGGAGGUCACUGUGGAUAGUACUUUCAUCAGGAUACCAGCAGAGCCAUCCCAUGCCGCCACAUUGGAGGGCCCGUCAGAAUGAAGAAGAUAAGCCUUAAGACCAUCCGCAAGUCCCUCAGCAUAAAGGGCAAGGAGGAGGACUUUGUCAUGCUCCAGCAGCCCUCAGUGACUCCUGAAUUUACUAAGGAAGAGUCACUUUUUGGGGGCUGCUACACCAAAGAGCUCUCCGGCUGUGAACUUGGUGGAGAAGAGGACAAGGGGGGUCAGAACAAGGGUCGCUCAAAGAGUGAGAGCCUGAUGGGAUCACUAAAGAGGAGGCUCUCUGCCAAGCAGAAGGCAAAAGUGAAAGGCGGGUCUUCUGCCAUUGGCUCGGUGGAUGAUGAUGACACCUUCUCAUCUUCCUCUGUGCCCAUUAGCUUCAAUGAGGUGAAAGCUCAGAGACCCCUAAGAUCUGCGUCCCUACGAAGUCACCAUUAUAGCCCCUCACCGUGGCCUCUGAGAUCGGUCAACUCUGAUGAUUCAUGCAUUAAAAUGGAGGUAAAAGUAAAAGCCAUGGUUCACUCACCCAGCCCCAGUCCCAGCUUAAACGGUGUCCGGAAAGAAUUUCAUGAUUUCCAGAUGGAAGGGCUCUUUCAGGAUCAAGCAGAAUCCCUAAAGAAUCUCCAGCAGCCACAAAAUGGUGAGCUGCAUCUAAAUAUUGAUGAAAACGAUGUGCCUGUGGUGCUGGGGUUGACACCCCAGGACUACAUCCAGUACACAAUGCCUUUAGAUGAGGGAAUGUACCCGGAAGGGUCCCACUCUUUUUGCCUGGACAGCUCCUCUCCUAUGGAGGUGGUGACAGAAGCAGACACUGGUUCCCUCCACACAGACCAGGGACAAGAGGAACAUGAACUUGUUAGUGGGAUGCCAGCGGAUCUCUUUAUGGAAACCUCAGUUAGUAGUCUUCUCAUCGGUUCUGGUGGUGUGUUGCUCCAAAGCUCCAGGGUAGAGGUCCCGCCUCCUCUCUCUCCACUCCUGCCACCCGUGAUGAAUAAUGGACAUAUACCCAGGACUUUUUCAGGGUUCAGCUCUACAGACAGCCAGGUAGCUGAGAGGGUAAGACAUCACCUCAACUUUGACCCCAAUUCAGCUCCUGGGGUCAGUCGGGUGUACGACUCAGUCCAGAGCAGUGGACCAAUGGUUGUUACUAGCCUGACAGAGGAGCUGAAGAAGUUGGCAAGGCAGGGCUGGUACUGGGGCCCCAUCACACGGUGGGAGGCAGAGGAGAAGCUGGUCAACUUGGCUGAUGGGUCCUUCCUAGUGCGAGACAGCUCAGAUGACAGGUACCUACUCAGCCUGAGUUUCAGGUCACAGAGCAAAACCCUCCACACCCGCAUUGAACACUCGAAUGGACGCUUCAGCUUCUAUGAGCAGCCCGAUGUUGAGGGACACACGUCCAUUGUUGACUUAAUUGAACACUCUAUCAAAGACUCAGAGAAUGGAGCUUUUUGCUAUUCCAGGUCUCGCGUACCAGGGUCUGCAACUUACCCUGUUAGACUAACCAACCCAGUAUCUCGGUUUAUGCAAGUGCGCUCUCUGCAGUACCUUUGUCGCUUUGUCAUUAGACAAUACACAAGAAUAGACCUGAUCCAGAAACUGCCCUUACCUAACAAAAUGAAAGAUUAUCUGCAGGAGAAGCACUACUGAGGACACAGACAGGACAGGACAGUGGUAGCAAUUUGCACUUUUGUGUUCAGUUAGGAGAUUUAAAGCCGGUUUACAUACAACUACAGUUUUUACAUGUUUGGUUCUGGUGGUCCUUGAUUUGUGUCCACAUUCUGUCACUGUUUAGUCCUCCAUUCCACUGUUCUGUUUUUUAUUUUUUUUGCUGGUUGUAGGAGGCUUUUCUUUCAGAAACACAGUCCAGCACAUAAUCUAUUGCAAAAAUAUAAUGGAGGUUUACAGCCAAGUUAUCAUAUUUACGUACAUUAAAUGUAGACUUUAGGUAUGUAUUGUGAUAAACUGUUAGGUGUAACAUCAAGUUGUGCAAGUAGAACAGAUUUUCAUAAGUUUGCCAUCUACACUAAAGUUUGGCUGCUAAGGAGAAAAAUAAACAAUACACUACUCUACACUCAGUGUUAAAAUUCAUAGAAUUUUAUCCACUACAUUAUACAUUUCAGAUGUUUCUUUAGGAUUAAAUUGUAUCACUACAAUGAAACAUUUUAAUCAAGUGUUAAACUCUCUGCAUACUGAUCAGUUUUGUUCGUCUUUUGCAUCUUUUUACUUCUAUGAUAAUAUCAUAUUUGUCAAUACAACCAGACUGCAAAUUAGAGCACCAACCUGAAUUCAUAAUAUGGCGUCAAAAGUUCAAAUAGCAAGACAUGGGAUUUUAUAAGUGAUAGUGAACAAACUAAAGAAAGUAUUAUAUUCCACCCCAAAACCUUGCCCUGGCUCGCCUUGGCAAAAACCGAUUUCUGCAAACGUACAACUUUUCUGGUGGAUACAGUUUCAUAUUUUUAUAGUUUAUUGCUCCUACACGUAUAUAGACAUUAUUAGACAUGGCUAUCUGUUGAUAUAGCAGGAGUUGAAAAGCUAACCAUGGUCCCAUGUCAAUAUACAAGUGUAAAUCCAUUUCAGAGUCACAUGAGAUUACUUUCAUCAUCAUUUCUCAUCAACAUUUCUCUGCAAAAGAUGACCAAAACUUGUCAGUGUGUCAGAGGCUUUUAACAGUUGGUCAGACAAGUAGCUUUAAACUCUAUGGCUGCAUGUAGCCAUUAUAUAAUGUGCAAGCCUAAAGGUACUAAUGAUGCUGGAUUUUCAUAUAAUGCUGUUUGUAGAAAACGGCAUCAAGUUGAUGUAUAAAUCUUUUCAAAAUAUGUUAACACUAAAAGUAAAAAAAAAAAAGAUUUCUGCAUUAGGAAUGUUUCAAAAAGUGCACCGCAGCUCAGGCCCAACAACUUUGUCACUGUCUGUAAUGCUUGUAUCUGCAUGUUGUAAAGGCUUUAAGGCUGUCGAUUAAAGGCACUGUACAGUAACUCUCAAUGAGUGAAGAUGUCGCACUAAGUCAGUGUAAGAUUUUGGUCAAGUUGGUUAAACAAAGCAACUUUUGAGGAAAAAAGCUAUUUAAAUGCACAAUUGCAUUUACUUAACAAGGGUGGUUAUGAUGUAAAGGAAAUUGCCUUCGGUUACCCUCACAACUGAAAUUCAAUCUGUAUACAGGAAAGGGCUCUCUUCAUGAGCUGAAACCUGAUCAAAGGAAAUUAAAAGGGUGUGAGUUGAGGUUCAUGGAUUUGGGAAUGCCAGGGUUAAGUCCUUCCUCACCAACUUGGAGCAGUGCCAGGCUUCCUGCACAUGACGAAAGUUCUGUCACAGCUGCAUGGCAUCAUUAGUGUCAUAUGGGUUUCAAGGACAUUUCCAAAAAAAGCAUACAGUUUUUUGCCAUUGCUUAUUCACGUCAGCCCCCCGUCCCCACUGAGCUGCAUUAACCCACAGAUUGUCUCACUACCAGGCUGUUUAGUGCCAGAGUAAAGGGAAGAGCACAGUAUGCUACGCAAGUGCUUUAUAUGGAUACUUUGACAGGGAAUUGUUUUUCACAAAAUGAAUGAGCAUCCUCGGUUUUUUUUUUACAUCAGUGUCCUUAAUAGUAUUUGGAAAAUGGUCUCUCGGACAACUAUGGUAGGUUCUUGUGUUAGUGUAUAGUUCUCGUUUUAGUUAGCUAGAAGUGUUGGUGUCUGAGGAAGUUACCAUGAGUCUAGCACAGCAGAAAUUCGAUAGGAACUCUGAACGGUGUUGCAUGUAUUAAGACUUAGCAUUUUAAAGCUUUGAAAUGUAUAGGAAUGAAGGAUCUAGGAUGUGUGUUUGGCUGUGUAAAGGAUGGGUUUUCUGUCACAAACAUUGGCUGGACAUUCUGUGUACAAGAAAUUUCUUUUUCUUUUUGAAUCCUUUUCAUGUGAGUGUUUUUUUUAUUUUAUUGACAUCUGCCAUCUGGGGGAUGGGGCUUUACAAAAGGAAUGUGUGUGCUUGUUUGAGGUAUCCAUUUUAUCUGCCUGCAAACCAGUUCCAGAAAGCAUGAGAAUCAGAAAAACUACAUUGACACAUCUUUUGCACUUGAAAAUCCCUCAUGACAUGCUUGGAUCCUCUCCUGCCAAGAGUUGUCCUUCAGAUGGCAUUUUUCAAAAAAAAAAAAAAAGUCACACAUUUUGUCCUUAUGUGUCCAUAUAAAUAUUUAGAUUAAAUCAAGAUUGUUUUUCUCGUGUAUGUGGGAUAUUAAGGGUAAGGCACCAGCAUCAUAUCUAAGCCUCUAACUCUCACAGGCUGUCAACAAAUGGGAUCAUGGCAAGAAUGUGGAUGUAAAUUUAAUUUGACAACUUUUUGGGUGAGCAUGUAUGUGUUUUCAUUUUAAAUGUGACAGUAAAAUUGUUUAGUUUUUUCUUUCAAUUCAGUGCUUUGAAUUGUCUUUCCAUUUUGUUUUGCAAUUUGACAUCUGAGUUUGACGAGCAGGAGCCAGUUUGUUUUGGCGUUGCUGCUGUUUUUUUUCUUUCUCAAAAAAUACUUAUGUAGUUUAUUAUAAAGCAUUACUGCCUUCAAUGUUUGAUUCCAGAGGUUGAUGCUUGUUAAUAACAGCUGUUUAGCACUUAACAAGCUCCAGUGAUGUUUUUUUUCUUUUCCUUUUUGCAUGAAGGUGAUUGUUUACAGCGUUGUUUGGAAAAAGCCUCCCUCCCUCCUUGCCUCUCUCUCUCUCUUUCUCUCUCUCUGUCUCUGUUUUUGUUUUUAACCCUCUCUCACACACAUGAACAUCUUGGUACAAUUUGAAAAACUUUCUUUCAUUUUAAUGUGUUAGACACAUUUGUGCUGCUGAUGGAUAUGAUUGCCUUUCUCGUGUUUAACAAUUGGGGAAAACAGAAUGUCACCGGUGUAGAUGUAUGUACACAUAAUGACUCGGGUUAACAUCUUGGGAGAGCAAAGCAGAUUUGUUAACAACUCUAGUCAGUUAGAAGAGCAUUAGUCGUGAUUAGAAAACCCUCUGUAGAAUUACCAGUUCACUCCAGUUUACAUUGGUUGUCAACCUUCCAAAGUAGAUGGUCUUUUUGUAUUUUUCUUUUGGAAAAAAAAAUCAACAGUGAUUUAUUGCACAUUUUGGAUACAGUUCAAGAGUUUUUUGUAUCUGCCAAUUAUAAAUUAUAAAUAAAAAAAAAACUAUAUUCUA